AUGAUGGAAUUGAAUGAACCCCCUAUUAUUAAGUAUGAACAAAUUCCUAUCGAGGAAGAUGCUGAAGAUAAGGAUUUAGAAGAGGAAUCGAGUGGAAGUUUUGAUGAUGAUACGAUGGAAGAAAGUGGGCCAUCGGAAAAUUUGUUAACUUCUGCAAUGGAGGAAGAGAAAGAACGAGUUGAUUCCGCAAAGGAAGAAAAUAUUUCCCGAAUUCUGGAUUUUACUUUCAUUCCCAGGAAGAUCGAAAAGGACGGAGAAAAUUAUUUACUUCGUCUGUCCAGAAGGCCAGCCAAUAGAGAUGAAAUAAUAGAAUUGAGUAAAACAUUCGAUAAAGUUUUGAAAGAACGUAGAGUUAGAAUGAAAGGUUUCUGUCCGAUUCGAAGAGAACUUUAUGACUUUCUCUUCGGUGAGUUUUAA